GUAACUACGAAAUACGAAUUCAAAAUAUUAUUAUUAUAUAUAUAUUAUAUACAUGGUCGUAGUCGUAGUCUGGCUCGGAUCAUACUACUAUUACUACUACUCGUUGCCGCCAUAAUUUAAAAUACUACAACUGUAUCGUGUGUAUUAAUCGAUCGUGCGACAAUGGGCAAUAUUAUCACAAUAUUUUGGAUAGUGUUUCACAUGAUAUUAAUGUAUUGAGUUCUCGUAUUGGCGCGCAGUCGACUUAUAAUCAACACGUCGGGCACCCUGCACCCCGCUGUCGAAGCGUCGGCGGGUCGGACUCGCGCUCGUGUCUGGCGGCUCGCACCGAACCCCCUCGGUUCUCCGGGAAUCACGACCGCCUCGUCCUUCCGAGCCCACCCCGCGGUCGCCAUAGCAGCCGCGGCUCGAUCUCCUCAUCUUCCACAGUGGAUUCGUGUCGUCCGGCUGCUGACGGUCCGGGCCACUGUCGACAACUCGACGGAGUUUUGUGAGUGUCCAUCGGCUAAGUGCUCGCCGAUCGCUGCCCCGUUCGGCUGUGCUGUGUUAUAUACGCGCUCAAACGUCUCCCGUCAACAUGCAACGCGCACUGUCUGCCGGUCCCAAGAAGAGAAAACCAAAUCGUAUUAUUGAUUUGGAUAUCAAACGCUCUAUAGGAGCUAUAUCUUCCAUGGAAUAUAAACGUCGUACAAUUAUUAAUGAGAUCAAUUAUGUCGCAUAUUCACUUAAUAAAACGUCUUUGCCUGCAAUUUAUAUUAAUCCAAUUAGUACAGGCGCUCCAAAUUAUGUACAAGAUGAUAUUCUAGGUAUGGAAGUUGAUCCAAGAGAAAGUAAAUGUUUACUAGUUAUUUCAAGAUACAACAGUGUAGCUAUUUAUAAUGUAUCCCAAAAUGUUAAGAUCUUUGAUCAAAUGAAGCGAAUGACAAUUCCACAUGACCCAAUUGAUAAUAAUGGAUCGCCAAACUCAGCACAUUGGCUUUGGGACGGUACAGUAUUUACUGUUUGCACUAUGGAUUCUGUGCAUUUUUGGGAUUCAUUUACUUGUAAAAUAAUUGAAACUGUGAAAAUGCGUACAAAAGUCUUGAACCAUGUAAUGGCCGCAAAAAAAUAUAGUGUUAACAAAUAUGUUGCAGUGACAGGAAUAGAAGGACAUGUAUUUAUGAUUGAUAUGCUGCAUGGUAUAGUUGUAAUGACUAUGAAAAAUAUUGAAAAUAAGCCAAUAAGAGCUAUCCAUUGGCAUCCGACAAACGAAUUACAAUAUAUUACUGGCAAUGACAAUGGAAAUAUUUAUCUAUGGGAUAUUCGUUAUCAAUUGAAUUUUGUUUUAAAAUUCCAAAGGGAUGAUUCUGGUGCACCAAUAUCAAGUCUUACUAAUCCAGUUAUUGGGUUACGUUUUUACAAUGAUGGAAAUGGUGUUUUAUCUGUUGAUAAAAAAGGAGGCAUCAAAACUUGGGAAGUUAGUACUGGUCUACUGCGUCCUAACCACUAUGAAUCUGUACAAUUAUGUGACCUAAACAAGAAUCAUAUUUUUAAAGAUUAUCAGUUUGCUGUUACUGAAAAUUUGAAAGAAGACAUUGCAUUUUUGCCGUCAAAAAGAGGAAUGAGAAUAUUUGAUAUUGAAAGUGGUGAACAUUUACCUUUUUCCAAUGAUAUACCUCUACCUAUGAACUGUGCUACUUAUGAUUCCAAACGAUAUUGUGUUUAUGGAGGCUCUAACGACUUAAUAAAAUUAUGGACACCUGAAAAAAAAAUGACUGGCUAAGUUGAAUAUUUAUAAUGAAAAAUAAUAUUAAUUUUCCUUGCAUCAAUUUCCUAACUUUUUACCUUUAUAGUUAUCUUUGUAUUUACUUAAUUUAUACUAGAAAAUCAUUGUUAUUAUUUAUUGAUAUUUUAUAUUUUAUUUAUUUUAUAAGAUUAUUGUGAAAUUUUACCUAGUCUGGAGGUAAAUAAUGAUUGCUUAGCCUCAAACAUAUUUUGUCAAAACCAAUGCCGGUACAAGUUACACUCAAAAUUAUGCAUGCCGGAUAUAUGACCAUCAUGCUUUUUAAAAUACACUAUAAAUUAGUUUUUUUUAAUUGAAAAAUAUUUAAAACUGUAGAUUGCAUUUAACUAAUAAUUAAAAAGUAUAAAAAGUGUAAUGUUUUCAAAGAGCACAACAUUUCUUGGCCAGAUUAUAUUGAAUAAUUUAGAGGAUGUGACUUACAUUAAUAAAUCUAAAGAAACAGCAUUCAUUAUAUUGACUUUGAAAUGGCUUGCAUUCAGUCAGUUUUGAUUUUAAAGUCUUAGUUAAAUUAAAAUUACUGACUAGUACAUACUAAAGUAUUAAAGUAUAUAUAAAAAAAAAACCUUAUUAUACAUAUAUAUGUUCUGUUAUGAGUUAAAAAUGUAAGGACUUAAGAUGAUUCUUUUAUAAAUUAUGUGACUAAGUACCCAUGAUAGUUUGUUAAAAAAUUUCCAACUCUAUCCAAUGCAAUCAGGCUAAGAAAUUAAAUGUUUUCUCAAAAAAAAAAAAUGAUAAGACUUUAUA